CGACUAAACAUGUAUUGCAUUACGUGAACAUAACAAUAAUAAUAACGUUCAAUAUUGUAGUUGUGAAUAGAUUUAGUUUAAAAACUAUGAUAAAUGGAACAAUUACAAUGGAAUUACCUAACAACAAUAAUUAAUUAUCAUUUAAAAAAGAAAUCACACAAGUAACUUGAAUGAUUUUUAUAAAUAUGUUAUUAAAUUAACGAUAUCUUAUCAUAAAAAAAGUAUUUAUAUUUAUGUAUAUACUACUCAUAUAAAAAUUACAUAUAUGACAAUAUCCAUUUUUAUAAAAUGAAUACAUUACAUUGGGCAAGUGGAGCAAAAGCUGCUAAUAUAGAUGGUACAAUGGGUGUUUAUGGUCAAUUGGACAAAUCAUAUGGUACACGACCUUAUAGUGGUAUGGUUGGUGCUGGUGGAGGUAGUACAGGUUUAUCUAAUCCAUCUAAUUUAUAUACUUAUACCGGUAGUAUAUUUUCUCAUAAUUCUACUAAUAUACCAUUAUGUUGUAGUUCAUCACAGGAUACAUAUACAAUAACACAACAAAAUCAUAAUCAAUUAGAUACAUCUGAUUAUACUAAAUUAUUAUCAUCAGGUACAAGUUUAAUUCAUACAAAUCAUAAUUCACCUAAUUUAUCUUAUUUACCAUAUAGUAUUUCAGAGACUAAAUUAAAUGAAAAAUUAUUACAUAAUAAUAUUAAUAAUUGGCAAAAAACAUUUAAUAAAAAUGAUUUAUCAUCAAUAAAUUCAUAUCAUCAAUUAGAUAAUACCAUAGCAACUACUCCCUUAGCAACUAAUAAAUGCCAUUUAAAUACAGUUACUAACGAUAAUAAUAAUAAUAAUAAUAAUAUACAAUUAAAUCAUAUAAAAUAUAAUUUAAAUCAUCAUAAAAUCAAUCAUGAUAAUCAACGUAUUAUAUUAAAUAUAUCUGGUUUACGUUAUGAAACCCAAUUUAGUACAUUAAAUAAAUUUCCUAAUACAUUAUUAGGUAAUCCAAAAAAAUUAGAUCAAUAUUAUGAUUCAUUAAGAAAUGAAUAUUUUUUUGAUCGUAAUCGUCCUAGUUUCGAUGCAAUAUUAUAUUAUUAUCAAAGUGGUGGUCGAUUACGUCGUCCAGUGAAUGUACCCAUUGAUGUAUUUACUGAAGAAAUUAAUUUUUAUGAAUUAGAUGAAGAUGCUAUUGAAAAAUAUCGUGAUGAUGAAGGUUUUAUACGUGAAGAUGUGAAAAUUUUACCAAAUAAUAAAUUACAACGUAAAUUAUGGUUAUUAUUUGAAUAUCCUGAAAGUUCUAUAUCAGCACGUUGUAUUGCAAUUUGUUCUAUAUUUGUUAUUAUAUUAUCAAUUAUUAUAUUUUGUAUUGAAACAUUACCAUCAUUUAAACAUUAUAAAUUUGUGAAUUUAUCUUCAUAUCAUAUACCAAUCUCACCAUCAUCAUCAUCAUCAUCAUCCCCAUCAUCCCCAUCAUCAUCGCCAUCAUCAUCAUCAUCAUUGUCAUCAUUAUCAUCAUUAUUCUUAAUAUCCAAUCAAAAUAUCAAUACUAUUGAUUUAAUGAAAAAUCAUUCAAUCAAUAUAAAUCGAUCAAUAAAUGAUUAUAAUUUAUCAAUAAAAACAACAGAUGAUUUAUAUUUAUCAUUUAUUGAUUGUUAUUAUCAUUAUGAUCCAAUGAAAUGUUUAUUAAUUAUAGAAGAUGAUAUCCCUACCGUUAUAGAUCCAUUUUUUUUAAUUGAAACCAUUUGUAUUAUAUGGUUUACAUUUGAAUUAUUAAUACGUUUUAUUUCAUCUCCUCAAAAAAUUGCAUUUUUUAAAAAUAUUAUGAAUUUUAUUGAUAUAGUUGCGAUUAUACCAUAUUUUAUAACAGUUGGUACAAUGGUUGCUGAUGAAAGUAAAAGUCAAAAUCAAGCUAUGUCAUUAGCUAUAUUAAGAGUAAUACGUCUUGUACGUGUAUUUCGUAUAUUUAAAUUAUCAAGACAUUCAAAAGGUUUACAAAUACUUGGUCAAACAUUAAAAGCAAGUACACGUGAAUUAGGUUUAUUAGUAUUUUUUUUAUUAAUAUGUGUUAUAUUAUUUUCAUCAGCUGUUUAUUUUGCUGAAGUUGAUUCAGAUAGAACAUAUUUUCGUAGUAUACCAGAUGCAUUUUGGUGGGCUGUAGUUACUAUGACAACAGUUGGUUAUGGUGAUAUGAGACCUGUAACAAUGUGGGGUAAACUUGUUGGAUCAUUAUGUGCUAUUGCCGGUGUAUUAACUAUUGCAUUACCAGUACCUGUGAUUGUUUCAAAUUUCAAUUAUUUUUAUCAUAGAGAAACUGAAACUGAAGAUAAACAAACAUUUAUACAUGUUCAAUCAUGUACAAGUUAUGCUAAUUUAAGUUUAAGUAGUUUAAAUUCUAAUAAUAAAUGUGAUACAGGAUCAAUGAUAAAUGAACAACGGAAACAAUAUAAACCAAUCGAUACUGAAAUAAAGAAUGAUCAACUUAUUGAUAUGAAGCAUCAAAAUCGAUCUAAAUCAUUGGCAAGUUGGCCGAAUAUACACCAGGAAGAUAAUUAUCUAGCCAAACGGAAUGAACAUAGAUCAUCAUUUAAAGAAAGUAAUGAGUAUGAUGACAUUUUAUUGUCAAAAUCAACAAUUCAUCCCCCACAAUCUUUUAAUAUAUUGAGUAAUGAGACCACUGGUACAUUCGUUAAAUCAAUGACUAAUGAAGAUACUAAUGAAGCAAAAAUGACAAAUGAUUUCGGUUCUCCUCAAUCUAUUCAAAUCUAUUCAAGUAUUCAAGAAGAAAUGAGUGCACCAAAUUUAAACAAAAAAGAUGUAAGUUCAACGCCAUACAUCAGUAAAAUUACUCGAAGUUUAUCUCUCCCUCUUUGUAUUAGAACAGAGGGAGAAAAUGUACCAAAAUGCACCCAAUCAUUUAAAGUUAGUGGAAACCUUAAAGGGAGAUUAUUAAGUUGCCUACAUGAAACAAUUAAUGAAUCUUGUGAAAGUCAAAUUGUGGACUCUAAUAACAAUCAAUAUUUACCUGUAAGAUAUUACUUAGAAGAAAAUAUUGAUAAUCAUCAAAAUGAUCAACAAGAUACGUAUGAUAAUAACGAAAAUAGUACAGAUAUGGAAAGAAAUGAAGUUGAAAUAACAGAGACGUUAUUCUCUGAACAAAAUCAACCGGUACUUAAAAUUACAGAUGAUAUUACAAUAUCAGCUUCACAUGUACAACCAUCAGAUGAUAAAAUAUGCCUUAAUUCACCAGUUCACCUUGUUUCCAGCCACGACUGCAUCAAGAAACAUGUAAGUAGCAGUGGUAAUGAAACUGAGAAAACGAAAAAAUCUAAAUCUUUCCCUUCUAAACAACAAUACUCAUUUAAUAAAACUAUUGAAACGGAUGUCUGAUACAUCUGACAAAAUCAAUGAACUACUUUGAAUCCAAUACUUUUUUUACAACAUUAAAUGGACUAACAUUAGUUCUAUAUACACAUAACUGUCGUUAUAUAUAUACUAUUCAAGCAUGUAUAAUUAUGGUUGUAGUCGAUAAUCUUAAGUAAUUUCAUUACAACCGUAUUAAUGAAUACGUGUCAUAUGGUAAUGUUAGCAUAUAUCCAGCAAACUACUUAUUAUUGAAUUUAGUAGCUAAAAUGUUUCCUGUAAAAAAAUACGUCCCACGUCACUCUCAUAUAAAUAUUGCAGUUGUCAACGUUACAUUACAAAUACAUCAAUAAUUCUAUCUUCAGUUGUAAAUAAAAUUGACUUUUUUUCCAUUUAAAUGACCACUUCCAAAAUUCAUUUGAGAUUAUUAAUUGACUUCAUCUAUGUUAUUCUUCGUUUUCUUUUUUAUCAAAGAUUUCCUUGAGAACUGUAUGAACAUUUCUUUCCCUUUCUAAUAAUACAAAUCUACCCUCACCAUCUGUGUAUAUCACUAUUUCAUAAUUAUAAAAAGAGUAAAGCAUUCUCAGUGAGUAGAAUGUACUUUUAUUCAAACAAAAGAAUGUUUCCUUUAUCUCUCAACACACUUGUCCUAUUACUAUUACUACUACUAUUACUACCACCACUACUACUACUAUCCCCACUACUACUACAACCACCACCACCACUACUACUACUACUAUGUAUAAAUAUAUAUAUUUGUAUUUUUGUAACAUUAUCUUGAGGUUGUAUAAUACCUUAGUCAAUUAUUAUGAUCUAUGGAAAUCAAUCAGGUUAUUUGUUGUUUUCUUUUGCCUUGUUGUUUUUGAAACAAAUAACAUUUUAUUUAUGGG